AUGCAGCCGGGCUACGCAGCUGUCCUGUGUGUCCUGGCUGUGCUGGGGCUGGAGGCUGCGGCGCCCGGGCGGAUGGAGCUCACCCGCCUGCUGCAGGACAAGCUGCAGUACGAGAUGCGCCUGCGGUACAUGAAACACUACUUCCCUAUCGACUACGCAGUCCAGGUCCAGUACGAAGAGGUCCUGAGGCCGGCCAACAUCACCCGCCUGCGCAACAGGACAGUGUCGGAAGCAGCACUGCGGUACCUCUGGUUCCACAUCAGCUCCCAGGCGGUGCUGCGGAUCCGCGAGGUGCUGCCGGAGAAACACCCCUCCUGGAAGUACACCCAGGAGCUGUGCCAGCUCUUCGACGCCCUGGGCACGGAGUACAGCAAGUACCGGCAGACAGAUGUGGAGGCAGUGGUAGCCGACCUGGUGAAGCUGGUCCACAGCGCAGGCGCUGAGAGCCGGAGGAAGGCCGUGCGCCCCAAGGCGUUGCUGGACAACUGCCUCAAGGUCAUGCGGAUGCUCUACGGAGUGCCCUGUCGGUGGGAGUCCACCUAA